AUGCUUGGACCUUUUAUAAAGCCCUCCACCAUUCUCCGAGUCUCCACUAGCCUCUGUAUUUUCUCUAGUUUGGCAUUGUCCCUUCCUCCUCGAAAUCUCUCCGACAAUAUUUCGAGAACACCGCUACGGCGCUCAAAUCCCUCCUCUCACAACGAAGUGCUUCAUGCCGAAAACUCCAACGCAACCAACACCACCACCCAAUUCAGCGGAAACUGGUCUGGCGCUGUCCUUGUUUCACCUCCAGCCGGCGAGAUAUUCACUAGCGCCGUAGGCACCUUCACAGUUCCAUCGCUGCCGUCUGGCGGUAAUGGGGCUGCGGCUGCCUGGGUCGGUAUCGAUGGUGAUACGUUUGCGACUGCAAUCUUGCAGGCUGGUGUAUUCUUCAGCAUCAGUGAUGACACUGUCGAGUACGGAGCGUGGUACGAAUGGUGGCCUGAUUUUGCUACUGAUAUCGAUGUGGACGAUUUUCCGAUCUCUGCUGGAGAUGUAAUUACCGUCAAUAUUGAGGCCACAAGUAGCAGCGAGGGUACUGUCAAUCUGAUCAACGAAUCCUCGGGAGUAGGUUUUACUAUCAAUCUCACUUCACCGACAAAGCUGUCCUUCCUUGGCGGUCAAAAUGCCGAAUGGAUUGUUGAAGAUUACACCCAGAAUGGUGGACUCGUCCCGCUUGUCAAUUGGGGCACUGUCACUUUUCUCAAUGCUUCUGCCUUAACUUCAGCCAAUAAGAAGCUCGGUGUUGAGGAUGCUACCGUUUUUGAAAUCGAGCAAUUCAACGAUAUCUUUACUUCUGUUGUAGUCAAUAGCGAUUCGUCCCUGUCGAUCUCUUAUACAUGA